AUACAGAAAAUCAUCCUUUGUGAUACAAGAAAAAAUUCUAGAACAUCAAGUAUUCUGAUACAGAGGGAGUAAUUGUUUAUCUGCAAAUUUCCAAUUGGUUUAGGGAAAUUGAAUUGUAGUAGAUCAAUUGAAUUGGCUGAAAAUUCCAAGUAUAACUUACGGUUUAAUUGAGAGAUUCAUAGAUUAAAGGGCUUUGUAAUUAAGGGAACAUGAGAAUGUGUGUUGUUGUGUUUUCUUGUUUUGUUUUGUUUUGUAUGUAUGUUUCUAUGUUUGUUUGAGAUGAGGGGAGCUUUAGAUUGUGAGGUGUUUCUCGAAACAUACUAAUUUUGGUAGACACUUUUUCAGAAGAGGAAAGGUAGGGGUGUGGGGGGGAGAGAAAAGGAAAGUGGUUUGUGGUUGAAGAAACUCUUAACUCUCUCUCUCUCUCUCUCUGUCGCUCAUAAACCACUUUUUUUAGUAUUUGUCUUGUUGGUUUGGUUAGAGAGGGUUUUUUUUUGGGAAAGAAUCGUCUCCUUUUCCACUCUUCCUUUUUCUUUAUUGGCAACUAGUUGGUGGGUUUGAUGUACCUAAAAUGAGCUGCAGCAUUAUCUUACCUUAUUAAUAUACACAAGUGGGAUGGGGGGAAUCAUUUCUGAUUUCGUUGUCAUCCAUAAUCAAGUUUUGCUUUUAAAUUUAUUCCACUUGCUCAUUUGUUUAAUGAUAUGUAGGACUAUAGUCUUUCUUUUUGGAUACAUUUUUGCCUAUUGUUAUUAAAAAAAAACAUUAUAUCAUCAAUCCCUUCUGAUUUUCCUAUUUUAGAAAAGGUUGAAUAUAAUCUUUGCUCUUAGAUCUGUUUCAGAGGGAGAAUGCUUCUAUCUUUGUUUUUGUUAUUCUCUGUUUUUUUUGUUCAUUUUUUUCAGUUCUCUGUUGUUAGAACUGGGUUCUGUCCUUUUUUUUUUUCUUUUUUUUUUUCUCUUCAAUAUAAAGAUAUCACAAACAGAAAACGAAAAUGAAUUUGUAACUUCCAUCAGAAGUGUUACAGUAGAAACGAACAAAAUAUUAACUAGAAAGGUCGUCAGAAAUAAAUGUAAUGGUUGCCUAAUGCCUUAGAUAAGAACAAUAUAAGAGCAAUGGUCUAAAAUGGUCCUUCAUAUUUAUGUCUCACUAUCUAUACCCUGCUUCUGUGAUUAGACUUGGCCACAUUCUCUGCUGAAGCUUCAUACAUCAUGUUAGCGAAUCUGUAUUUGAAAUACAGAGAAUCUUCAUUCCAUGUAGGCAAAGAUGGUUUAGGGUAGACUAAAAUCUGUUUUUAAGUAAAAAACUUUGACACUGAAAGUUGUAAGGAGAGAUGUUGCAGUGGAUGUUGCUUGGUUACCUUACCUACAAAACCACACUCUUCAACUAUGCAACUACCUUUUUAUUUGGCAGCAUGAAGUCGGUCAUAGAGAGAUACACCGAUGCCAAAGGGGAAACCAGUUCAGAAAAUGACCCCGCUUCAGAAAUUCAGUUCUGGCAAAAGGAGGCUGCGAUUCUAAAGCGACAGCUACAUAACUUGCAAGAAAACCACCGGCAAAUGAUGGGGCAAGAACUCUCUGGACUAAGUGUAGACGAUUUACAGAAUUUGGAAAAUCAGCUUGAACUGAGCCUUCGUGGCGUUCGAAUGAAAAAGGAUCAAAUGUUAAUCCAAGAAAUACAAGAACUCAACCGAGAGGGGAAUCUCGUGCACCAAGAGAAUUUAGACCUUCACAAGAAAGUAAACCUAAUGCACCAACAGAAUAUGGAAUUGCAUGAAAAGGUUUCAGAGGUUGAGGGUGUGAAAAUCACAAACAAAAAUUCUCUUCUCACAAAUGGUCUAGACAUGAGAGAUAACUCAAGCGAACAUGUCCAUCUUCAGCUCAGCCAACCGCAGCAUGAUGAGACGCAUGCAAAAGCUAUCCAACUCAACUACUUUUCCUUCAUUGCAUAAUAUUUGUGGUGUGCGUGUGUACAUACGCACACACUUAUGUUGAUGACCUCGUCGGAAUCAUAUCUCAGUUAACUGUAGCAGCUUGUCACUGCAUAAGCAAAGAUACAUAAACAUGAUCAGUUUGCAAUCCAAUUUCUAUUAAGCAAACACCAGCUUUGUAACUUUUUUAAAAAACUUGUUUCUCCCUGCAAAGCCUUGGUUUGGCGCUUAAGCAUAUUUUUGGGUGAUCAAAGGAAAUGAGUGUUGUUUUUUCACAUAAAGUUGUACACUUACGUUGCAUUC